GGCAUCCGGGAAACUCGUUACGGGAAGCCCCGCCUCCUCUGGAACGUCUGCCCCCUGGCCGGCCUGGGCCAAUGGGAGUCCGAGUUGGGUCCGGGAGGAGGACGGUGACCCGUGCAGGACGGGAUCGGGUCUGUGGUCCAGGCCUGGGCUGACGCCGUUACUUAGCGAAUGGGUGAGCAGGACCCGUACCGUGCCUGGGCCGUGAGGGAUGCGGCAGGAAUCCUUUGUGCAAUUAUGUCCAAUAAAACAUGAGAAAUGAAUUUGUAUCAGGCCUUCCCUCUGUAAAGGGAGUGCACUGGGAAAUCCAGAAGAGAGAAUGAACUAUGUGCAAAAUGUCUUCUCGAUGGAGCUGGGUGAUGAAUGCUUUAUAUAUUUCCAUGAGCGUUUGCUGUCUUGGAGUUUCAGGUGGACUUGUACAGUCAUGUGGUUACAUCAUCCCAGAGUCUCCAGUGUUGACCCUUGGCUCCAAUUUUACAGCACUGUGCAUUCUCAAUGAGAGUUGUCUUGACUUUGGCAAUAUACAUGCCAAUCAGAUUAUUUGGAAAAUCAAAAAUUCUGUAGUGCCUAAAGAACAAUACCGUGUAAUAAACAGAACCGUUUCCAGUGUCACAUUUAGUGACACCUCUACUUUAGCUACUCCUCUGACAUGUAACGUUUUAGCAGAUGGACAGAUUGAGCAGAAUAUCUAUGGAAUUGCAGUUACACUGGGCUUGCCCCCAGAGAAGCCUGAAAAUUUGAGUUGCAUUGUGCAUCAGAUGUCAGAAACUAAAUUUAUUAUGACUUGUACCUGGAAUCCUGGAAGGGAUACAUUCCUAGCCACUGAUUUCCGUUUAAAAUCUCAAUGGCCACUAGAAACCUUGCCUGACUGCGAACCACAAGGUGUAAAUAACUCUUGUGACAUUUCCAAUGUUCAGUUUUUUGUCAACCUGGAGGUCUGGGUGGAAGCUAAGAAUGCGCUUGGGAAGGCUGAAUCUGAGCACAUUGAUUUUGAUCCUGUGGACAUUGUGAAACCUUUACCUCCACACAACUUAGCAGUCAAUUCAAGAGAACUGCCCACUGUCUUGAAACUGUCAUGGGAGAACCAAAUUACAGUUGUUGUGAUGGAGCUGAAAUUUAAUAUUCGAUACAGGAUCAGUGACAGCCCAGACUGGAUGGAGGUUCCUCCUGAAGAUACAGCUUCACACAGAACUUCAUUCACUGUUCAGUCUCUUAAGCCUUAUACAAAGUAUGUGUUUUCACUUCGUUGUAUGAAGAAAAAUGGGUUGGGAUACUGGAGUGACUGGAGUGAAGAAAAGAGUGGGGUCACAUCUGAAGCAAAACCAUCUAAGGGACCACCUCUAUGGAGGAAGAUUGGCAUAUCUCACUCUCCAAACUCCUGGACUGUGCAUCUGAUAUGGAAGGAAUUGGAUCCUUCUGAAGCCAAUGGAAUAAUCUUAAAAUAUGAAGUGACUGUCAGAGCAAGACCACCUCUGUCAUGUCCACCUGAAAAAUACAGUGUUAAUAGCACAAACCUGACUUUAAAUUUAACAAAUGGAACAUAUGAUGUGACAGUAACUGCUCAUAACAGGAUUGGUGGAUCUCCCCCAUCGGUUUUGCUUAUUCCAGCAAGUAACUCUAAAGCUUCUGUGAAAGAUAUUAAAGCAUUUCCUAAAGAUGGCAAGCUUUGGGUAGAGUGGACGGCUCCUGACAAUAGUGUGGUUAAAUAUGUGAUUGAAUGGUGCAUGGUGUCCGACAGCUCGGACUGCAGCACAGAAUGGCAGCAGGAACUUGGUACUUCUCAAGGCACAUUUUUAAAAGGAGAUAUAAAGCCAUUCAAGUGUUAUUUGAUAACGGUUCAUCCAUUGUAUACUAAUGGUCAAGGAAAUGGACAAUCUACAAAGGCAUAUCUUCAGCAAGGCAUGCCUGCAAAAGGACCCACUGUUCAGACAAAAAAAGUAGGAAAAGCCGAAGCCGUUUUAGUAUGGAAACCUCUUUCGGUGGAUGAGCAAAAUGGGUUUAUCAGAUAUUACACUAUAUUAUAUAGAACUGUCAGUGGCAAUGAAACAGCUGUGAAUGUGGACCCUUCCAAAACAGAAUAUACCCUCUCCCCCUUAUCCAGUGACACUUUAUACAUGGUGAAGAUGGAGGCACAUACAGAUGAAGGAGGCACAAGUGGUCCUGUAUUUACAUUUACUACACAAAAGUUUGGAAAAGGAGAAAUAGAAGCCAUAGUUGUACCUGUAUGUCUGGCAUUCCUGUUGUCCAUCCUUCUGGGAGUAUUGUUCUGCUUUAACAAACGGGACUUAAUUAAAAAGCAUAUCUGGCCUAAUGUUCCUGAUCCUUCCAAAAGUAACAUUGCUCAGUGGUCCCCUCAAACUCCAACUAAGCAUAAUUUUAGUUCCAAAGCUCAGAUGUAUCCAGAAGGCAGCUUUACUGAUGUAAGCGUGGUUGAAAUAGAAGCAGAUGACAAGAAGUCCUUUUCAGAGCAGGAUCUAAAACCCUUCAACUUGCUUAAGAAGGAAAAAAAUACUUCAGAGGGGCACAGCAGUGGUAUUGGAGGAUCCUCAUGUAUGUCUUCUCCUAGGCAAAGUGUUUCCGACAGUGAUGAGAGUGAAUCUGCACAAAACACUUCAAGCACUGUACAGUAUUCAACUGUAGUACUCAAUGGCUACAGAGACCAAAUUCCUUCUGUUCAAAUCUUUUCAAGGUCUGAAUCCACCCAGCCGCUGCUAGAUUCAGAAGAGAAACCAGAAGAUAACCCAGGAGGAGGUGAAAAUGCAACUCCAAGGCAGCAGUAUUUCAAACAAAAUAGUAGUCAGGAUGAAACCAAUACAGAUGGGUCACAUUUUGAAAGAGCAAAGCAGGUUACUCCUCCAGUAAACGAGGAGGAUCUUGUUGGACUUGCACAACUACAGAUUUCAGGUCACAGUUCACAGCUGUGUGGCUCUGGGCCAGAGAGAAAUAAACCUGAAUCUGCUUUGGCAGAUGCGUUAAGUCCAAGUACUGAGGGACAGAUUCUGAGACUGGAAACGAUGGGGAUAAACACAGCAACAGUUGAUGAGAUACCAAAAAGUUACAUGCCACAAACUGUAAGGCAAGGGGGCUAUAUGCCCCAGUGAGAGGAGAGAGACUGGCUCUGUUAAGCCUUCAGUAGUACCUGAUCCAUUUCUUUUUCCCCUGUGUUUCUGAUGAGUUAAGCUAAGUAUUUUUAUCUGAAAUCAGAUAAAAAUAUUCAGAUUCAUUUAGUGAAGAGAAUUUGAUGGAGGGUACAUGAGUACUAUCGUUCAUUGGGAUAUUUCCAGUCCAGAAUUACUGGAGAUCCUCCUAUAAGCACUACAUAGAUUCUCUUAUUUGUCUGAACAGGCCUUUGUGCUGCCUUGCAGUUUUGUUUGUCUUUGUAAUGUCACAUUUAAACAUGAUUGAUUGAAAGUAGCAAGUUUUAUUUUGUUACAUAGGCCAAGGGGCAUCUAAGAAAAAAAUACUAGGAGUCUUCUGGCCAGGGCUGUGGAGCUGUGCUCUGGCUCCGCUCUAGCUCCAGGCAAAAACCUGCAGCUCCACUGCUCCGGGCUCCAGCUCCGAGCUCCGCUGCAAAGCCCUGCUUCUGGCCAUGCAUGAUAUUAAGAUGCCUACUUUGGCUAAGCUUGAUUAGACCAGAGUGUGUUCCUCCAAAGGUUUAAAAAAAAGAAAGUACAGUAUUACAUAUUUUUAAAACUUUAUCCAGUGACCAAACAAUUUCGACCCACAUUCAU